AUGCGCAUGAUUCCCAGAGAUAACAAAAUGGAUAAGGUCAACGGGCUAGAGCCAGAAGUACGGGAUCCUCGCCUACUGAUCUUCCUCCAAGAGAUUCAAUGGGACUUGGUCUCGUCUCGAUGUAAACUAAAGAUUUCACUGAGUCCGGUAUUCUCUUAUGAAGUGCUAAUGCAGUCGAUUUCUUCACAUCUUCGGUUGUGA